AUGGUUGAGGGUCUAUUGAACACAGCGUCUUCCAUUAAGGAAUUUUGCCGUCAGAAGACAGACAACUCUGUAGACAGUACAUUUUCCUCAUACCCUCGCAGAUUAACAAGGACCUACACAGUGGCCCUUCUGCUAACGUUCUCUUGCCUCAUCACAUCAAAACAGUUCGUCGGAAACCCGAUCGAGUGCUGGUGUCCGGCCCAAUUCACGGACAGCCAGGUUAGGUACACCACUUCCUACUGCUGGAUCAGCCAUACGCACUACCUCCCGACUGAAAGAAUCAUUCCGUAUUCAUUCAGUAAGGAUUCGAAAGUGGUCUACUACCAGUGGGUGCCGAUAAUUUUGCUGGUCCAGAGUGCUCUCUGUCUCGCACCUGCUCUCAUCUGGCGGAUGUUAAUCGGAAGAAGUGGAUUAAAUGUUGAGGGAUUGUUUGAAGCCGCGAUGAUAGCGAGUGGCGCUUCCUAUCUCGAGAUGAGGAAGAAAUCAAUCGACUACAUCGUCAGUCAGUUCGACCGACACACGAUGACUCAAAGACAUUCAGAUAGUGUUUGCUACAGCAGGAUAAUGAACAUCCUAUCCAGGAAGUGUUUCAUUUUUGGCGGGAAAAGCUACGGAAACUGCAUCGUUAACUGUUACUUGUCCGUUAAAAUACUCUACGCACUUAACGCAGUUGGUCAGAUAUAUUUAAUCGAUUAUUUUCUCGGCGGGAAGGAGUAUCACAUGUACGGUUUGCACGUUUUGCACGGUCUGAUGCAGCAGACCAGUCUUCUAAAUCCGGAUCACUUCCCGACGGUGACACUGUGCGAGAUAGAUAUUCGGGAUCAAUCAAGGAUACACACGUACGUCAUACAGUGCGUCCUCUCCGUCAACAUAUUCAACGAGAAGAUAUUCAUCAUUUUGUGGUUCUGGUUUGUUUUCGUAGCCCUGGCAAACAUUUGCGACUUUUUAAGAUGGCUUUUUGGAGUUUUUCACUGGAAAUUAUCCCUCAAAUUCAUUAAGAAGCGCCUGAAAUCGGGCGAAAAAAACGGCGCAAUUAAAAUCAAUGAUCCGGUCAUGCUAUCCAGAUUCCUCAGGGGCUACCUCCGAAGGGACGGUGUCUUCCUGAUCAAGCUAAUCUCCCUAAACUACGGGGAUGUGUUGGUUGGGGACGUUUUGGAUGCUAUGUGGGAGUGCUACCUGCCAGAAACGAGGUACGUUAACGUGAAUAGCUGCUGCAAAACGGAAGUGAGGAGGAGGAAGAGAUUGUCGAAGGUGUGUGCCGAAGAGGGAGGGUCCACUACCCAACUGGUAUGA